AUGUCCUACCAUCUUACUCGGCCUCCCAGGCUACCGCUUCCCAUUGAGGAAGAGGUGCACACACCUGGCUCGCCCAUCAUUGCCCCGGCCGAUCUUGACGCUCCAGUAUUAGAUGUCGAGGCACUCGAUAAUGACCCUCUUCCUCGCCGCACAUCCGCACUUAGCAAUACCACAAUCGACGAGGAAGAUGCAGAGGAGCUCCGUGUCGAUAAGACCAAGGCCACUGUACCAACCACCUUUGAAUGGCGGUAUGGAGGGGACAAAGUCUAUGUGACAGGCACAAUAUUCCAGUGGAACAAGAAGCACAGAUUACACCCAGUGUAUGGCAAACCUGGUGUCCUGCAGGCUAUCAUCCAUGUUCGACCGGGAACGCACCACGUCAGGUUCAUUAUUGAUGGAGUAAUGCAAUGCUCCCAAGACCUUCCAACCACCGUGGACUUUGGCAACAACCUGGUCAACUACAUCGAGGUCAGCGCUGACGAUAUUCCUCGUGAUACUCCUGCAUCGACGGAAGCUACCGGAACCCCUGUUGCAGAAGCCCAACCACAGGUUCCUUCAACGCAAGCUGAGAUCAAGGCUGCCGUAGAGGAGAAGGAAAAGAAAGUAAAACCACCUCCAAAGAAGAAGCAAGUCUUGCCACCUGGACGGUAUUCUUCGCAAAUUCCUCAGUACCUUCUUGAUCUAGACAAGGCGGAAGACUCUUCUGCCUAUCAAUACGCAGCAGCUGCGAUUGAGAAGCUCCCAACGCCCCCGAGUCUUCCGGGAUUCUUAGGAAAGCCAAUCCUAAAUGCAGCUACACCGAUGAAAGAUGACAACAGUGUGUUGAUUAUGCCAAAUCACACCGUGCUCAAUCAUCUCGCUACGUCCAGUAUCAAGAACAACGUUUUAGCUGUUUCCGCCACGACUCGAUACAAGCGGAAGUAUGUCACUACUAUCAUGUAUAAGCCCACGAGUGAUGAAUAG